CAAACCUUGGCUGAUUUAGGAAACUUCCUCGUGGGUUUCUUUUUUCUAUCCCAAACUCCAAAAAUGGCAAGUUGAUUUUGGAAACCAUUUAUAUAUUGACGCGUUUAGUAGCCAUUACUGCAACUCUUGUUUUUCUUUUCCUACAUAUAUGUGAAAAACUUAUCAUGACAUACAUAGCAAGAUACAGAGAAGUUAAGAGAAGAAAAAGAGUAGAGACUGAGAGAGUUUAUUAGUUUCAACUCUGAGAAAAUCAUGUACGUGACAAAGCCUCUGUCUUUGCUACGAAGGUCUCCUGAGCUGCUCAAUUCAGCACCCAAAGAGGGUCCGAAUUCUGGUUAUCUGGUUCUCUUCGACCAAGAAUGCGAAACAACAACUUGUUUCGGAUUGAGCAAAGAAACCUCAAUCAAGGCUCUGCCGUUUCCUCAGAAUAAGGAUCUGACUGUUACUCAUACUACAAGUAGUGGAAAUAAUAACAGCAGCCACACCUCUCACGAUGAAGUCGUUUUCAUUCCAGUGCUUGGUCAACCUUUGUCUUCUAAUCGAUACUACGUGAUUAGCCGCCAAGGAAAGCAUAAAGGUGAAGCCAGCGCUAGCUCAACAGAAGAUGACAUGGGGACAUGCUGUUGCUGCACAUACAUUAAAGACAUCAAGCCGAGACCUCUGGAUCCUUUAAACAUCUAUCAACAAGUUGAGAUCAUCCAAAAGAAUCGUCACGGAAGGUUCACAGCAGAAUCCGUGGCUGAAAAUGGCUUUCCUCCUACGUUUUUGAGGAGAAAAUGGGACCUCUGCAUGCGGACACCCCGCCAUUACCAACUAGACGAAGCCCCUGGCCUCAACUCCUCGCUGCGAUCGCAACUUCCCGACCUCAUAGUCUUGUCCAAUUCCACUACUUCCAAACCGGUGGUUGUAGGAAAAUGGUAUUGCCCUUUUAUGUUCGUCAAAGAAUUAGGUGGAUUAAAACUCAAGCAACAGAUGAAGAAUUCCAUGUUUUAUGAGAUGACACUUGAGCAGAGAUGGGACAGGGUUUUUGAAUGUGGCAACGUUGGAAAUGACAUGAAACUGGUGAGUGUUGAUGUGUUUGUAAACAGAGAAGAGGCUUGUGUUGAUGGAAAGGAAGCUAUAUGCGAGUGGGGUCAUGUUGACGAUGGAGUUAUCUGGUUUACAAGUUCUGUUAAAGGACAAGAUCAAUCAGGAAGGUUAAUGGGGUUGAGCAAAUUGAUAGUGGAUAGAAUGAGGUGGGAAGAAGAGAGAGUUGGGCUUGGGUUCAAAGUAAAUGAGCUUGAAAGGCAAGUGAAAGUGAAGAGAACAGAGAAGUUUGAUGGAAAAGAGUGGAGCAAGUUUGGCUGUUAUGUUUUGGUAGAGAGGUUUGUGUUGAAGAGAGUAGACGGCACCGUUUUGUUGACAAUUGAUUUUAAGCAUGCCAACCAAAUUAGGUGCAAAUGGGAAUGAUAAAUGUUUGGGACGCUCAAAGAGUAUAAUAUAAAUUAUGUUGUUUUAUUUUUAUUUUUAUUUAUUGUAUCCAACUUGUUUGAUUUUAUUAUUAUACUAUUCUUAGAUGAGUAUUGUAUAAGAAUUUUGCUAUUUGGCACAUUUAGGUGUGUAACAUUAUAUAAUAUGGUACUUCAUAAUUUGUUAGCGAUAUUCUAUUACAUCAAUAGUGGUAUGCCACCUUGUUGUAUUGUUGGGCACCACUACUACCCUUUAGCAAUUCUAAUUGUAUAACUAUGAGUUGAAUGUAAUUGUAUACUCCCAUUUUUAUGUAUUUUAACUAUCUUGCCAAGUGUUGAAAAAUGAGAAAGGAAGUCAUGUUCGGUUGGAUUCCUCUAAAUUAGAAUGAAAAAU